UUCUGUGGUGCCACAUUUAUAAAAAUAUUUGUCAUUGUCUAUGGUUUAAAAAAUUAAGGAAUUUUGAGGAAACGGACGAUUAGUUUUUCUUGUUGUAGAAUAUUCUGUGUAGAAAAGAGGUUAAAUGAAUCAGCAACGCUAUAAGUGCCGUUAAAACAUGUAUUAGGCUCCCGCUACUAUAUUUUAUGUUAGUUCUUUGUUUCAUUGUGUAAUUUCCACGUAUAAAAUAAAAUUGUGCACAAUUAAAAUGGCGACUGACCAAGUGAAAAACCGCAUGCAUGUAUUCAAGAACACUGGAAAAGAUGUGGAUGAAAUGCGCAGGCGGAGGAACGAAGUGACAGUUGAACUAAGGAAGAAUAAAAGGGAAGAAACUUUACAAAAAAGGCGUAAUGUCCCCAUCAACGACUCCACAGAUGAAGACGAGAUCGAGAGGACGUUGGCGUCAACGAACCUCAAGGAGUUGGUGAUGAACGCAGCCAACGCCGAGAAUCCCGAUGUUCAGCUGGCAGCUGUGCAGCAAUGCAGAAAACUACUAUCAUCAGACAAGAGCCCCCCAAUAGACGAACUAAUAAUGAACGGCAUCCUUCCCAUCUUAGUGCAAUGCCUAUCACGAGCAGAUAAUCCUACAUUACAGUUUGAAGCUUCUUGGGCUCUCACCAACAUAGCCUCUGGUACCUCAGCACAGACAAACAAAGUAGUACACGCUGGUGCAGUGCCCCUGUUCUUGCAGCUGCUGAUGUCACCCCAUGAAAAUGUUUGUGAGCAAUCAGUUUGGGCUCUAGGAAACAUCAUUGGUGAUGGGCCAGUGCUUCGUGAUUUCGUCAUAGAAAUGGGUGUAGUGAAGCCACUGUUAAGCUUUAUCAAACCAGAGAUCCCUAUCUCUUUUCUACGUAAUGUUACCUGGGUUAUUGUCAAUUUGUGCAGGAGUAAGGAUCCUCCGCCACCAGCUAAAACUAUUUUGGAGAUUCUUCCUGCCCUCAAUGUGCUGAUUGUGCACAGUGACACAAGUAUCCUAGUUGACACAGUUUGGGCCAUCAGUUAUCUAACAGAUGGUGGAAACGAACAAAUUCAAAUGGUCAUUGAAUCUGGCAUUGUACCCAAACUGAUCCCAUUGCUCUCACAUAAAGAAAUGAAGGUGCAGACAGCAGCUUUGCGAGCAGUUGGCAACAUUGUCACUGGAACUGAUGAACAAACACAAGUUGUUCUGAACUGCGAUGCCCUCUCACACUUCCCUGCGUUAUUGACACACCAGAAAGAGAAAAUCUGCAAGGAAGCUGUAUGGUUCUUAUCAAACAUCACAGCUGGUAACAAGCAUCAAGUGCAGGCAGUGAUAGACGCAGGUCUCUUGCCGAUGAUCAUUGAAAACCUGCGCAAGGGCGAGUUCCAGACGCAGAAAGAGGCCGCAUGGGCCAUCUCCAAUCUAAGCAUUAGCGGAACUAAGGAACAAGUCGCCACGCUAAUAAACUGUGGCGUCAUACCUCCCUUCUGCAAUCUCCUCAGCUGCAAGGAUACGCAAGUCAUCAAUGUGGUGCUAGAUGGCCUGAGUAAUAUGUUGAAGAUGGCUGGUGAGAAUGCUGAACAAAUCGCCAGCAUGAUUGAGGAGUGUGGAGGCAUUGACAAGAUUGAAGCGCUACAGAGCCACGAGAAGAUUGAGAUCUACAAGAUGGCCUAUGAUAUCAUUGAACAAUAUUUCGCUGGAGAGGAGGAGGACGCAACACUGGUGCCGGCGGCGGCGGAGAGCGGGUUCCAGUUCGAGCCGGCGGCGGGCGCGGGCUCCGGGCCCCACGAAGGGUUCCGCUUCUAGCGCGUGCUCAUUCUACCGGCCUCGGCCUCGGCCCCGGCCCCGCAGCCGCGCCGCACCCGCGCGCCGCUCGCUCGCUGGCCGCUCGACCCCGCCAGCGCCCGCGACUCCAACGCGCACUGGCACCGCUUCCCAACGCUCGGCGAGUCGCCGCCCAAGCAUUGAGCUGGAGCUACCGUGUGCGCGAGCUGCGAGUUAACUAGCGUCAUCUAUCCACCGCGCGACUGACCGAAACCUGGCACACUAGCGCCAUCUAUUGACCGAAACUUUACUACUUUACUGCAGUCGUGAUAUUCAAUUUUCGUACCUUUAUGCAUUUCUUUAUCAAAUAAUUAAUAGAUGAUGAUGAAUUCAAUGGGGAAUGCGAGCGCUACUUUACAUACGAAUCGUACCUCUUUUUCUCAAUCGAAUAAUUACUUGAUGAGUUCAGUUUUAGCUGUAUGGAAUCGGAUGGAGUAUCCGAGCAUUGCUUUACUUACAUACAGCUCUCUAAAGGCUGGAUAGUUUUCAUAUUUAUAUUUUAGUUCGGUCAGUCGCGUGCUAUAUACACUUCGCCAAAGGCAACUAAUGGUGGUGAGCGCUAGCUAAUAAGCUAGGUGCGGCGGUCGCGGCCCGCAUUGGGCGUCGGACCGCGGAGGCGAGCGGACGCCAGGCCGGGGCACGGCCGCCUUGUAAAGCGAGCGGCGCCCGUGCCGCGGCCUCGCUGUGAUAAAGACUAUAAUGUGAUGUUUGACAGUGUUUCAACUUUGUUUUUCUCGAUUUCAUAAUGUAAUUAAAGGACGACGGGCGCGAAAUAGGCGGCUCCCGAGCGUACGACGCGUACGCAAAGCGAUGUACUCCGCUUCCUAUCGAUGCUUUUGAUAAUAAUAAUAAUAACAUAGUAUUUAUGUUUCGAUUUUAACUCCCAUAUGUGUAAUAUCGUCACAGAUUUAAGGACUAGUGGACACCAUGUUUUACGGUAUGAAAUUAUGUUCUGACAAACCCAUUUGUAUCUAUAUACCAAUAAAUUCUGUCCAAUAUAGAAAUUGUUUUAUUUUUUAUUAAGAUUCAUAUUACAAAAGUCGUCAAAAUAAUGAGGGCAAGGAAUCCAGACGGAGUUUCGGUUCCAAGACAUUGUAGUCGUAGCUUCUCUGAAAAAAAACAAGCGUAACAUUUGACGUUACUGUAUGAAGACUCAGUCGUAUCGUCUUGAAGUGAUCGCAGCGUAAUGCGACUGUUUAGCGACACUGC